AUGAACAAUGAUGCAGAUGUUCCAUUGGAUCUAAUGGAUUUGAAAGGUGUGGGUGUCACCAUGGUCUUUGUGUCAGCAUUUGUGGCCCUCUACUACAACUGCAUCAUCGGCUACAUUUUGUACUAUUUCAUUGCUUCCUUCCAAUAUCCCUUGCCAUGGUCAGGCUGCUUUGAAUCGUGGGGUGCUGAUGAAAGCUGCAACAAUGAGUUAAAAGAUCUUCCCUGCAAUUUUACACAGGCUAAUGAAACUAUUCAAGUACAACGUGGUGAAAUUUGCACAAAUGACACUCAAAUCUACAUAACUCAAAGCUCGAGUGAACAAUACUGGGUUAAAGCAGUUUUGCGACGUACAAAUUCAGUUGAUGAGACCGGUGGGAUAGUCUGGUAUUUAGCCCUCUGCUUCCUUCUGGCUUGGUUGAUAACUGUGGUGGCGCUAUGUCAAGGAAUCAGAUCUUCAGCAAAGGUCGUUUAUUUUACCGCAACAUGCCCUUAUCUGCUUAUAUUUAUGCUAAUAAUUCGAGGAGCUACCCUGGAGGGUGCCCGGAAUGGAAUUGAGUACUAUCUUGGAAAGCAGUCAGAUCUCUCAAAAUUGGCUGAAGCUGAGGUUUGGAAAGAUGCAGCAACACAAAUAUUCUAUUCUAUUUCCGUGGCCUUCGGAGCUAUAACUGCAUUAUCAUCUUACAACAGAUUCAACAAUGAUUGUUACAAAGAUGCAGUCAUUAUUUCUUUUGUUAAUUGUGGUACAAGUCUGUUUGCUGGAUUUGCCACCUUUGCUAUCCUUGGGCACAUGGCUUAUGUACAGAAUAAGCCUGUUCAAGAAAUUGUGGAGUCAGGUUUAGGUUUGGUUUUUAUUGCCAACCCAGAAGCACUUGGACUCCUGCCAGUAUCAUCACUGUGGUCCGUAAUAUUUUUCUUAAUGCUUUUCACGCUGGGAAUUGACAGUCAGUUUGCAAUGAUGGAAACAAUUACAACAAGUAUAGCAGAUGCACUGCCUAAUUUUAUGCAAUCAAGAUACCUUUCUGUGGUAAUCGUCCUUUGUCUAUCAUUCUAUUUCCUUGGUCUCAUAUUUGCAACACAGGCUGGUAUUUACUGGGUGCACUUAUUUGAUCAUUACUCUACUGGUUUGACUCUACUUAUAACAGCUGCGUUGGAACUUGUUGGUAUAAUCUUCAUUUAUGGGGGAAACAGAUUCAUUGAGGACAUUGAAAUGAUGAUUGGUAAAAAGAGCUGGUACUUCUGGCUGUGGUGGAGAAUAUGUUGGUUUUUAAUUACUCCUUGCCUGAUAACGGGAAUCUUACUCUGGUCGUCUAUCACAUUUCACCAACCACGCUAUGGAUCGUUUGAGUACCCAAUGUGGACAGUGCUGUUUGGCUGGUGUAUAUUUCUCCUCUGUAUUAUUUGGAUUCCAAUUCUGGCAAUUGUGAAAAUUACCCAAGCUAAGGGCUCCAACAUUUAUGAGAAAUUUAUUGCAUCGUGCAAACCUGCUCCUGACUGGGGUCCGCUCUUGAAAAUGAACAGAGGGGAAAGGUACAAACAUCAGACUGACCAUGUAUGA